AUGCCUGAAAGAUGUUUCAUUUGGUCUUGCCAAAGCAGUGGUAAACUCCCAAAUAUUUACUAUUUUCGCUUUGGUUCCAGGAAGGAACUAUGGCUUGAAGCUUUGGGAAUACCUAAACAUUUUGAUGCAUCAGAUGUUGUGUUUCCUGAUAGUGAACAUGGCAGAGUAAGGCUCAAACCAAAAGCUGUGCCCAAACAUUUCAUAAUCAAAAGGAAAUCAACUGACAUUCUUUCUUCUGAACCCCCGAAAAAAAAAGUUGCAAGGAAACACCAUGAUAUGUUGGAACAAGAACAACCUUCCACAUCCAUGAAUAAACAACCUAGUAAUAAUUAUGAAGCAGAAGUUGUUCAUAUCCCAAAGCACAUGAAAGAACAGUAUGUAUAUAACUUAUAA